CUAGUGGCAGUGUGCGUGCUGGGAGUUGCACUCGCGCAACAGGACUACCAACAGGAAUAUCGCCCGGCUCCACUGCGUAUUGGUACCAAUGCCGCGGAGCCUAAACCCACGCCGAUUCCGAUUCUGAAGCAGAUCAACAGCUACCGGAGCAGCCGAAAGCGAUGUUUCAUCUUGGCUGGAAACAACUGCAGAUUUCACUCUGGCAACAAUACUCGCUCCAACUAUCAACCGGAAGGGUCGCAAGAUCAUGACGGCGGCGGCGAGGAGCAUCACCAGGAGACUCGUAAACAGCAACAGCAGCCUCAGGCAGUUGAAGAUAGCGAAAAUGUCGGCAAAGGACUUUCAGGCGAAGGUUCCGUUGGUGGAAGGAAAAUUUACGUGAAGGUUCAGGGCUGAUGAGCGUUGUGUUUGUUUUGUAAAUAGUUGUUGUAAAUAUGCAUAAAUAUGUGGAAUCACAAUGCUUGAAUUUGAAAUACGAUACAUAUAAGAUGUUUUUCAGCUUUUUAUAUAAGUUUUAUAAAUUAAUUACUCUGUGGAAGAAUAGCUCCCAUCAAAGAAAAUAAUCAUGUCGAUGAAAGUUGACAGCAGCGUAUUCCAAGAAUAAUAAUAACUAAAUAUGAAAUGUUCUAAUUCUAAGAAAUAGUUGAUUGUUGAUUGCAAGCUUAAGGUUGUAGAAUAAAGUACUAUAUUCAAUUCUGCUCUAGUGUGCUUUUUUAAAACUGCAAUAUUUUUUCAUAAAAUUUCGCACUGCUAAAAUUCCAAUCCCUGAUAAUAUAAAUUCCAUGCAUCCGUUGUUUUGUGUUUGUAUGAAAAGACUCUUACAUCCUAAAUUUGGGGUCCCGGAGUUCGAAUAUUUGACUCAAAUUCUUACAAUUGUGGUAUUUUUCGGGACGUUCGGAGACGGUUUCACGCAAACACGUUUUUUAAUAGAAAGAAAAUAUUAAAUGCGGACUUUAUUGCGCAACGGUCUGAUCGAGAGUGACUAACUCAAGUCUAAACGGAAGUUGGCUGACGCCGUGACGGUGAGCUAAGCGGACGUGCUCGAACGCAGACCUGUCAAAGUGACAGCUUGACGCAAAGAAAAUUGGGGGAUAGUACACCAGCUCUAAUGGGGAUAGGAUUGUGCGCGCAAGGUUGCUGCACAAUGUAUUUCCUUACCAAAGUUUUCCAAAUUUGAUAGCUAUUGGCAUUUUCUAAUUUUAUGAAUGAGCGCCAAAGUGAGAUUAUCGUCGUAAUGAUUUUUCCAGAAAUAACUAAUUUUGUUCUUUUUUUUUCCUCCCCGUUGGGGAAAUUAAACCACUGCGUCCAAUAAGCUGAACAUUUGUGGCAUAAUUUUGUUCUUACUUUGUUGUCAAUAACUCAAUAAUAUCUGAUUCAGUUAUUCUUUAUUUAUAAAUAUGUUAUCGCUAUCCUUUGUUCGUUCUUAUAAUGUAAAAAUUUGUUAUUAUCGAGUCAUUUUCCGGUACAGAGUCAGUUAUAGUUGUAGUUCUCUUAGCUCUUACUCCCAACGAACCAGUAACAACUUUUGCUAUUCAGCCAUUAAAUUUAAAUCGCAGAAAUUGGUCUUCUUUUGUUAUUAUCUUCCGCCCGGGUAACCAAGGUAACCCCACUUUUAAGUAUCGACUAACAAACAAAUGGUUUUUUUUUUCUGUAAGGUUGAUGAUCUAUUUCGAACUGAUCCAAAUUAUAUGGACCUAACACAUGAAAUAUUCAUGUCCAUCGUGUGUAAGCUAUCCAUUGAUUAGGGCGUAAGACCAAAGCCAUUUAACCUUGAUUUUGUUGUUUAAAUUUUCUAAGCUGGUUAAAAACUUGUUUCUGUAACUGUUUAUCUGUAGGAUUUAUUGAAAUCACAAAAUAACGGAUGCCGCACUCUUCUCGCUCCUAAUGAUAAUGAAGCAAGACCGUUCCAAUUAGGAAGCGGAAUUGUUUGUUAUGCAUGUUGACAAACAUUUCAGAACCAUCCAUACCAGAUUUUGUAAAGGUGCUACUUCAUUAUCAAUUCUCAAUCAACUCGUUCAGCUUAACCACAUGAGUACCUGAGUAGACUUUAUGCUUAGCCUUGUGCUUAGCUUAUUUAUUCUGACAUAGGGGAACAUACGUAUUUUCGGCCGUUUUGUUCUCUUCGUCAUGGGGGUUUUUUUGAAACCUAUUGAACUCAAAAUUCGUCUCAAAUCUUCCCCAAUCAAGCUGAAUUAUAUAACCAAGUUUCAGGAAAUUUGGCCGACAAAAACCCUUCAUGACUAAAAGAACAAACCUGCCGAUAAUACCCUUUGUCACCCUAUCUCGAUUCGAUUCGGUUUGAACCAGAAUUGCAAUUUACCCUUUUGUUUUGAGCGUCUUGUCCGUUUGCUAGGUGCGUUUAACCCUAUUGAUUGGGAGCAUUUUGGAAUGCUCUCUAGCGCCACCUAGUGGUAAUUCCAUGUUCUAAAUUGUUUAUCACUAGAUAGGCCUUGACAUACCUAACAUCUUUGCUGAAAACAUCACCCUUCUAAAAAGUAAGGAUCACGAGAUAUACGAGAAUAUAUGUUGGGGUCCAAUGGACCACAGGGUCCCGAAACGGACCUUUAUUCAAGGUAUCCAUUUGAGGGUUAAAGGCGUUCCGAAGGAUUUCAGGGGCAUUUCAAUAGACUGUUUCAAUAGCUUUUGAAUGACAUUACGGUAGUUUCAGUGGCAUUUCGAGGCAUUUCAGGUCAGGGCCGUAUCAGCGGGUUUUGGGAACACCAUAAACGCAAAGGGGUUUCAGGGGCUUUUCAAAUGGGUUGCAUGGAUUACAAGAACAAUUUAAUGGGUUUAUUAAAAUUUCAGGGGUCUUCCAAGACAUUUCAGGGGCGUUUCAAGGGUUUUUAUGAAGAAGCUUUGAAUAUUAUCCGAAAUUUUUGGAAACUCAUCUGAAACGCGUCUGAAAUCUGCUGAAAAUCAUCUGAAACUUAGUUAAAUGAAUUCAAAACACCUCAACGCCCCCUCAGACACCAUGUAACGCACCUGAAACCCUCCGUAAGCCCGGAAUGUAACGCAUCUGAGAUGUUCUGAAAACGUGGAACGUUACAAACAGAAGCGGAAACAGCAGACCCGCCUCUUUCGGGAGAAAAAGCGCCGCCUGGAAGAAGCGGAGUGUGAAGAAAUGGAACUGCUGUGCUGUUCCCAAGAAACACGGAAGUUCUAUCAGAAGCUCAACGCAUCCCGCAACGGCUUCGUGCCGCGAGCCGAAAUAUGCAGGGAUAAAGACGGAGGCCUCUUGACGGACGGACGUGAGGUGAUCGAAAGGUGGAAGCAGCACUUCGAUCAGCACCUGAACGGCGUGGAGAACGUAGGCACGGGAGCCCACGGCAACGGAAGGAACGACGACGCCAGUGCAGCGGAGGACGGAAAUGAACCAACUCCCACGCUGAGGGAAGUUAAGGAUGCCAUUCACCAGCUCAAAACCAACAAAGCAGCUGGUAAGGAUGGUAUCGCAGCUGAACUCAUCAAGAUGGGCCCAGAAAAGUUGGCCACCUGUCUGCAUCGGCUGAUAGUCAGGAUCUGGGAAACCGAACAGCUACCGGAGGAGUGGAAGGAAGGGGUAAUCUGCCCCAUUCACAAGAAAGGCGACCAUUUGGAAUGUGAGAACUUCAGGGCGAUCACUAUUUUGAAUGCUGCCUGCAAAGUGCUAUCCCAGAUCAUCUUCCGUCGUCUGUCACCUAAAACAAAUGAGUUCGUGGGAAGUUAUCAAGCCGGCUUCAUCGACGGCCGGUCGACAACGGACCAGAUCUUUAUCGUACGGCAAAUCCUCCAGAAAUGCCGUGAAUACCAGGUCCCAACGCACCACCUGUUCAUCGACUUCAAAGCGGCAUACGAUAGUAUCGACCGCGCAGAGCUAUGGAGAAUCAUGGACGAAAACGGCUUUCCUGGGAAGCUGACUAGACUGAUUAAAGCAACGAUGGACGGUGUGCAAAACUGCAUAAGAGUUUCGGGUGAACUAUCCAGUUCAUUCGUAUCUCGUCGGGGACUGCGACAAGGUGACGGACUCUCAUGUCUACUCUUCAUCAUCGCGCUGGAAGGUGUGAUGCGACGAGCCGGGCUCAACAGCCGGGGAACGAUUUUCACAAAAUCCGGUCAAUUUGUGUGCUUUGCGGACGACAUGGACAUUAUCGCUAGAACAUUUGGAACGGUGGCAGAACUGUACACUAGGCCGUCCCUAUUUUUGCAAAAGUUGGAAAUGUUAAAAGUUCAAUAUUGCAAAACGAUCGUUUUAGCCAAAAAACCAUCAUGACAAAGUUUGAAGUCCGUAUCUCAAGGCUAAGUGGUCCCCCACGGGGCCUAAAGUUCUCAA